AUGGAUAGUAAAUGUUUCUCUAACCUCCCUGAAGAGCUGCCUCUCUACAGUGACUCCCCCGACUUGCAGGCGACUCCACCUUUCUACCUGGACCCCAUCGUCGCCUUCCACCUGUACCCAGAGGCUCCCGUCCCGGCCCCUUUUUCGGACGAUCUUCCACUCCUCUCUCCGACGGACAACGCGCUCCUCCCUGAAAGCUACAGAGAACCCUGCCCCUUUCCUUUCCAAACUCCUUUCUCUAAUUUCGAGGUGGGCGAGUCCUCCUACGGGCCGGCUUUCAUCAGGAAGAGGAACGAGAGGGAAAGGCAGAGAGUGAAGUGCGUCAACGAAGGGUACGCCCGGCUGAGACGCCACCUGCCCGAGGAGUACCUGGAGAAAAGGCUCAGCAAAGUCGAAACCCUCAGAGCUGCCAUCAAGUACAUCGACCGCUUGCGAUCCAUCCUGUCCGGGGAUGGAGCCGUGGCGAAGGAUCUCGGAGGGAAAGGCCAGGCGACGGUGGCAACUUUUAGUCACCAAACCGACCCCAUCUUUCGAAUCGUCUGA